GCUUCACGGCCGACAGUCAACCUCCGACCGCGCUCGCAUGCGUACACGAUCCUCCGAUCGCGACACCAAAGUGUGAACUGUGCUAAAUGGAACUUACCGGCGUUCAAUGUUAAAGAAACCAAGUUACGAGGACAAAGAAGUGAAUAUGGCGAUACAGAGUGUUUCGAGAUACCCAAGCAGCCCUGCUGAAGCUACUGAGCCUCCAAAAGCUUCUAGAAUUAGCUUCAGCGUAGCGUCUAUCCUAGCUGAUACAAAGGCCAAUCAAAUUGAUGAGACAGCAGAGAUGAUCCGGCACCAUAGGACGAUACCUGAAUCUCCGCUGAGACAGUCACCAUUGGCACAGCCUGAGUUGCCCGGCGGCAAAUCGUUGUCCCCGAGGCCGUUAUCUCAAACACCUCCGUUAAAUCUUAACGUCUCUGCAACAGUUACCUCAUCUGAUGACGAAUACGAAGAUUCUGUCAACCAAGAAGAUUCAAUAGUUGAUGUAGAGGAUUUGCAAAAUGGUGGGCAGAGUGAGGAUGAGGAAAGGAUGUCGAGUAAUGAUAAGGGAAGAUUAGUAAAGCCUACACCCUUCAGCGCACUUGCGGCGGCAGCUGUAGCGUACCAUGGUUUGGGUUGGCCAGGUCCCCCGUCAGUCGUGCCUUCGUUUGGACCUUUAUUCCAAUCACAUUUCCCUGUAGGACACUUAACAGAUGCAAAUGGUGAGCCUCCCAAACUGAAAUGCAACCUUCGAAAACACAAACCGAAUAGAAAACCUCGAACGCCGUUCACAGCGCAACAGCUUCGAGCGCUGGAGAGCAAGUUUGUCGACAAACAAUACUUGAGCAUUGCUGAACGAGCUGAAUUCUCAUCAUCUUUAGGCCUAUCUGAGACUCAGGUAAAAAUAUGGUUUCAAAAUCGACGCGCGAAAGCGAAACGCGUGCAAGAGGCGGAGAUUGAGAAACUCAAAAUGGCGCAAUUUUCCCGACACCCCCACCAUCUGUACCCCCACCCCGCGCUACAGCAGUACUUCCACCCUCACCCCUUAAUGGGUGGAGGGCGGCCGUUGCCUCCCAUGGGCUUGCCGCCGCCGCAUCUGGCCAUGGUACAACCACCUGUGUCUGGCUCCCCCUCGCCAAGCACUCAAACGAGUCAACAGUGAACGAUUUAAUUUAUAACAUUAAUUGUGAGUUCCAAAUAAAUAUUAUUUUUAAAUUUUUAUGCUGACUGUAAUGAAAGAUUUGAUUAGUGAUGUGACGAUUAAUGGGAAGUUUAAAAAUAAUAAUGUAAAUUAUUUGUAAAUAUAAAAUAAGAUUAUUGUAAGUGAUUUUAUGCACUGGUAUUUGUAUUAAUUUAAAAGAAAUAUUAUUUAGAUUUUUAAUUAGACAUUAUAAACAUUAACCAAAUUACCUAUUUAUAAUUGCGUGACGAUAUCAUUCAGUACAAUAUCCGAUUGAAUUAUACAUUAUAAAAUAGAUUUGUACAUACUGAGAAUUAUUUGUACAUUGUUAUUACUACAUAGGUGAAGUUAAAUAUAUUUCUUUCAUACUGAAA